AUGGCUGCCAAACCAUGUGACAUAUGGUGGAGGAUAAAUAUGAUUCUGAUGAUUCUGGAGGAUAAAUAUGAUUCCCUUGAAACCAUCAUACAGGGAAUGGAUACCGGAUUUCACCCAGUCAAGACAUCAAAAGCUAAUCAGUGUAGCCCACAAGUACUAAACAUGAAUGUACACAAUGAGAGUGAUUCAAAUGUCAACACUGCUAUAUUAUCUGAAAUCACUGAGGAAAAAGAUGAAAAUGAGACACAUACAGAGAAAAAGCAGCAAUUAUCAAAUUCGAAGCAAAAACCAAAGGGACUGACAAGGCAAGACAGCAAUAUAGUCCUUAUAGGUGAUUCCCUAAUAAAACAUAUUGAUGUUGUCAAACUGUCCAAGAAACAAGUUGACAAAAUACGUGCCUCAACCAUACUUGAUGCAGAACAGAAGAUAAAAAGUUGCUCAAUGGAACAUGUUAAUAAACUUAUAUUGCAUGUUGGAAGCAAUGAUAUAGAUAACAGCAAACAGAGUGGGGAUGUCAUUGAAGAUAUCGUGAAUUUAGCCCACCUAAGUAAAUCAAGAAUGAAUACGUCUAGUACAGUCAUUGUAUCAGGUAUUCUACCAAGAGGAAAUUCAGAAUUAAAUAAGAAAAUCAAAGAGGUAAACCUUAAUGUCAAGUCACGUAUAGAUGACCAAGAUGGUAUGAUCUUUGUUGACCAUAACAAGUUGUAUGGCACAAAGAAAUACUAUCAUAGUGACAAUAUCCAUCUCAAUGACAUUGGUACCAAGGUCUUGGCAGCUAACAUAAUUAGUGCUAUUAAGAACAAACCAAGAAUUAGAAACAACAAUCUACGAGAAAGACCAAGAUCACAAUUAAGGAGAAAAAAUGUGUUAGAUAAUGAUUUAAGGUUAUAA